AUGAUGCAAGAAAUUAUAUCAGAUGUUGGUGAUGCUGCAUAUUCACUUAUUGUAGAUGAAACUACGGACAUAUCAACAGAUAAAAUUCUGUGCAUAAUGAUACGGUAUUUUUCAAAAAUUAAGCAGGAUAUCAUUACAACAUUUUACAGAUACAUAAAAAUAUCUAAAUGCGAUGCAACAACCAUCUAUGAAACUAUAAAAAAUACUUUACUAGAGGACUCCUUACGUCUUGAAAUGCUGGUAGGAAUUGGGCUAGACGGUACUAAUGUAAUGAUUGGUGAGCACCACUCUGUCGCAGCACUGUUGAAAAGAGACUUACCGGAUAUUAUCAUCGUUAAUUGUACCUGUCAUUCGUUGCAUUAUUGUGCAGAGAAAUCUUCGGAAAGUAUGCCCCGUCAACUGGAAUUUUUGAUUCGGGAAUGCCACAAUUGGUUCUCGUAUAGUUCAAAACGCCUUGAAGCCUACAGGGACUUAUACGAAAUUAUGAACAAAAGUCGAGCUCCUAAAAAAAUACCAGGAUUUUGA